AUGCCAGCACCGACAGCGCUUCUUCGAAAGUCUGAUGAGCCACUCUCGGCCGAAGAGCCGUCUUUGACUUUUUCUUCAGAUGCUCAAGCAUCCGGCCAGGGAGAAGCACCAUCUCCGAUUCCCACGGAAUCCGCCCAGCACAGCGACAUGCGCAUUGAUGAAGAGAGCCGGCCAGUGUUUACACCAAUAACGGAUGCCGGGACCGUACUGCGAGUUGAAACGCGAAAGGUGCCAGUUCCUCCUCACCGUAUGACACCCUUAAAGGCAAAUUGGCCUAAGAUCUACCCGCCCCUGGUUGAGCAUCUCAAACUACAAGUGCGAAUGAACAUCAAGAACCGAGCGGUCGAACUGCGUACCUCUAAAUUCACCACCGACACAGGAGCGUUACAGAAAGGCGAAGAUUUUGUAAAGGCAUUCACACUUGGAUUCGAUGUCGACGAUGCCAUUGCCUUAUUGAGGCUUGAUGACCUGUAUAUUCGCUCAUUUGAGAUCCGUGAUGUCAAGGCUUCGUUGAACGGAGAACAUCUUAGUCGCGCUAUUGGGCGAAUUGCGGGCAAGGAUGGAAAGACCAAGUUUGCCAUCGAAAACGCAAGCCGAACACGGGUCGUGCUUCAGGGCACAAAGGUUACCAUUUUGGGCAGAUUCAGAGAUUUGGGAAUCGCCCAAGAAGCCAUUGUUUCUCUGAUCUUGGGCAGUCCUCCGGGUAAGGUGUAUGGAAACCUGCGUAAAGUGGCGUCUCGUAUGAAGGAGCGAUUUUGA